AUGCUCAUCAUUGCAUUGGUACUGGGUAUCCUCACCCUCUGCGUCUUCACCAUCUAUGACUCUUCUGUUCCGACCACAGAAAUGACUGCUGAUCUCACCACAGUUGGAUCAUUUUCCAUGACACUCAUCAUCCUCUUGUUGGUAUAUACUGUCACACCAAUGCCAAUAUAUAUGAGGGUUCUUCUGGGAGGCAUAUACUCUGUUGUCACAGAAUUUUUUUCUGGCUUCUUUGCAUCAAACACAGAAUCAUCUCUCAUCUUUGUUCGGGUGCUGCUUCACGUAGCCAUCCAUGCAGUUGGGAUACAUAUCCUCAUCAUGAAUGAGGUACGGUCUCGUGGGACCUUCAUGAAGAUAGGGCAGUCCCUCCUUGUUCGAAGGCAGCUGGAGAUAGAGAAGCAGGUUAAAGAGAAAAUGAUAUUAUCUGUCAUGCCUCCUGCUGUAGCAGAAUGGCUCUUCACUGAGCAGGCUCAUGGUGAAGAGAGUGAAAACAAUGAUGGUACAUUGUUGUCGUCUUCUGAAGAAUGGCCUCUCACUCAUCCAAUUAGUCCAAGGCCCUCUAAUCCCAGUGAAUUCCAUAUUUUCCGGCCUUUUAACAUGAACCAUAUGACAGAUGUGAGUAUACUUUUUGCUGACAUUGUGGGAUUCACCAAGAUGAGUUCAAACAAGACAGCCAGUCAGUUGGUAGGACUUCUCAAUGAUCUGUUUGGACGCUUUGAUAGUUUGUGUGCACGUGUUGGGUGUGAGAAGAUCUGCACACUUGGGGAUUGUUAUUACUGUGUGUCUGGGUGUCCUGAACCAAGGGAGGAUCAUGCUCUUUGUUGUGCUGAAAUGGGACUUGGGAUGACAGUUGCCAUCAAGGAAUUUGAUGCUGACAACAAUGAGCAAGUGGACAUGCGAGUUGGCAUCCACACUGGCACUGUUCUCUGCGGCAUUGUUGGUACCAAGAGGUUCAAGUUUGAUGUUUUCUCUAAUGAUGUCACAUGUGCUAAUAAAAUGGAAUCCACUGGGAAACCUGGAAGGGUCCAUAUAUCAGCCAAAACCCACAAGUUCCUUCAAGAAAAGUUUUUCUUUGAGGAUGGACCAGUUGUGAAUGAUAUGAAGACGUACUUCAUCCUCGGUCGAAAAGAAGAAGGCAACAUGUCUGGGGUUGCAAGUUACUGUGCAACAUGGCCACGAAGAGAUCCAGGCCAGCUUACUGAGAAAAGACGUGUUACACUGACCACUGUGGAGGACAGCCCAGUGUAUAAUGAAAACCUGAAUGUUUCUGCCUAUGAUAUCAUGUCUGGGAAGGUGGAUAUUCUGCCUGCCAUGGACCAAGAGGGACAGUUGGAACCUGGUCUCAGUGAAGAUGCCCUUAGUCCAUUGCCAAUAGGUUUGUCUUCCAGGAAUGAAACUCUAAACACUUCUUGGUCAACUCUGAAUAGUCGUAAGGAUUCAGGGAUUCGCUCAUGCCUCUCAUCCAUACAGGCACCUAUGCUUGGAGGAGAAAUGGAUGAGAACAACCCACUAGAAGCACAUCGUGCCAGUGGUGGAUAUUUCACUGCUUCACCUGACUCUUCUACCUUAGAUUUAACUCAGAGUGACUCGAAGCAUUGGAAUGGGCCUUUUGCUGAGCUCUCACCAGACCUCCCCAUAUUCCAGCACUUGCGCAAACAAUCUGAUAUACAGCUCAUCAGGUGUGUUCAACAAGAUACAUAUAACAAGGAUUACUUUCUUCACCCACCACUCAAUCCAUGGACCCUGAACUUCACUGAUCCGACUGUGGAGAAGGAAUACAGGCUUCGAGUGCACCGGUAUCAUGAAGCUGCAACCAACGUAGUCACGUUUGCAUCUCCCAAGUUCAGCACAUACUUUGAUUUUGCCAUUGCCUUCCUCAUUCACCUGAUCACAGUGAUAGGGACCUUGGCUGCACUCCAUGUGUCAGACCUCUGGAUCAUUGUGUGUGUGGCUUCAACACUGUGGUACAUCCUGGUCCUUGCUAUGUGCUUGAAACACCUUUUCCCUUAUCCCCGUCUCAAGAAUUUCCUCCAGCGCUUCUCCCAGUGGACAACUCAAUGGUAUGCAUGGCAUGUGUGUGGAGCGCUGCUUGUCUGCAUCCCUGUGAUCUCGGCUUGCCCCUGUCCCUAUGGAUCAGCUUUCCAUGCAUUCCAUGCAGAGAUAGUCAUGGAUGUCCUCUCCAUCCUUUUCCUCAUUAUCUUCCUCAAUUAUGAAUUUGAAAUCAGUUACCGUUUGAGUUUCUAUGGGAGCUUAUUGGCAUCAAUUCAGAAAGCCAAGGUCCAGUCAAUGAAGAAUCAAGCCGAUUACUUGCUCAACAAUAUCAUUCCGAAGCAUGUGGUUGAGCAUUUGAAAAGUGCACAAGGGUACUCAGAAAACCAUGUGGAUGUUGGUGUGAUGUUUGCCAGCAUUGUCAAUUUCCACGAGAUGUAUGAUGAAGCCUACCAGGGUGGCAAGGAAUACCUGAGGGUGCUAAAUGAACUGGUUGGGGAUUUUGAUGAGCUCCUUGAUCGUCCAGAGUUUCGUAAUGUGGAGAAGAUUAAGACCAUUGGCAGUGUGUACAUGGCUGCAUCAGGCCUGAAUCCUGAGGUUCGGGCCAAGAAUUCUCACCAGUACCGUCACCUCCAUGAACUUGUGGAAUUUGCCUUUGAAAUGCUGGAAGUGGUCAACAGUUUUAACAAGAACCUUCUUGGGUUUCAACUGGUGCUUCGUGUGGGCUUCCAUUUUGGAGAGGUAACUGCUGGUGUGAUCGGGACAACCAAGCUCUACUAUGACAUCUGGGGAGAUACAGUGAACAUUGCCAGUCGCAUGGACUCCACUGGUGUGCAGGGACGUAUACAGGUCACAGAAAAAUGUGUCAAUGUCCUUACUGCGUGGUAUGACCUGGAACACCGUGGACUCAUAUAUGCCAAGGGCAAGGGAGAGGAUCCUUCCAGCCAUGAAGAUAUCUUUGUUGCAGUCAACUGGCCUCACAAGACUAAGCCAUCUCUUUUGAGGCCCUUUCAUGUUGAGUCAGCUCGAAGCAAUGAGGAGCGCUCAACUUGUGAAGAAGUUGUCCCACUUGUGGAUAUUCUAAGAGUUGAGAAGAGCCUCAUCUUGCAACUCCUGGAUGGAGAGACCGAUGUCCCGUUUGGAUCCUGCCGGGUCGCCUUCUCUCACCUUGAUGGAGAGGAGACAAGAUACUUCCCUGUUUCUGACCAGCAUGGGCUCUUGAUUGGGCAUUUGUUUGUUUGCAUCAGAUCGUCCCAAACAGAAUCUCAUGCUGUCUCCCCAAAACAUUUGGAGAAACUGAGGGGAGUUUUAUCAGACAUAAAUCAAAAUUGGUCGAGUGCUAGAGAAGGUGAGCUGGAUCGACUUCUCACAUCACUCAAGGACAUCAGAGAAGAAAUAGGUUGCCCACUUGGAGUACCUGAGAAAGUUUCCAGCAGCAUGGAAGUAAAUCCCACACAAACAAUGGCAAUUAAGGAAAUCCCAGUGCUGCCAUCUCAUUCCAGGAAGAUUGAGGCUGUAGCUUCUGGUAGAACUGCACCAUACACCUCAGGAAACUUUCACCCAAGAUUCAUCAAGCAAGCUGCCAGCUGUGAACUGGAGGGAGAAGGGACUGUUGUACAUCCCCAGAGCGGGGCCAAGGGCCAACUACGUUUCCGUCUUGCCUUCCUGCCUCCUGAGAGGAGAGAAGUUCAUUUUCAUCCAGGAACUAUACACCGAGAUAUACCUUUGAUUGAAUCUGUCAAGAGUAAUCCUAUUUUUGUGACUCAUGAAACAAAGAAUGCCCAUCUUCCUGUGGAACCAUCAGACAAUAUGAGGGUGUUCGAGAAACCUGCUGAGCCGUACCUAGAUCUUCCAAUGCAUCCUUCUGUCCUUAGUGAUCAUCCUAAUUGGCAAAAUGUUUUAGCAGCAGGGAAGAUAUAUGACCCAAGUGCCAAACAUUCUAGUACAAACAUUCCUGAAAACCAUGAGAUAAGCCUGCAGAGACCAAAGUACCUGAUGUAUCUGUUCAUCCACAUCCUGGAUGGGGAUUUUCCUGCUCCUGCUGAUGCCAAGGAACUCCCUAACCUGCAGGUAGUUGUUCGCCUCCGUUCUCGUGGAGCAGUCUGGAAGAGCAAUGUCCAGUGGUCCACCACCAAACCAUCCUUCAAUCUUUGCCUAAGGCAACCAGUGUUAGGAGGGGAAAACUUGCAGGGAACCCAUUGCAGUGUGGAGGUGUGGGACCAAGCAGGUCCUGGGAAGGAGCACCUUUUGGGCAUCCUCCUUAUCCCCUUGGAUAGCCUUGCCCUUCCCCUUCCGGUGAUUUUACAGCUGGAAAAUGAGCAGUUUCCACUGCUAGCAUAUGAUCAGUAUCUGCCAGUCACAACCCCUGAGACAGGGGAGGAAGCAGGAACUCUCAACAUGGUGAUUGGGCUGGGAACAGCUGACCAAAUCAAACAUUUUCUUCACCCUUCUUCAACCACACCCAUCACAUCUUCUCUUCAACAAGUCCCUAAUCAUGUAGUUCAGCCUGAGGUUGAGGUGAAAGACAAAGAAGAAAGUGUACCAUUAACUGCAAAAGUGGUGGUGGAAAAAGACUGCCAGACAGAGAUAGAUAUGCCCUUGACAGAACUUGGAACCAACACUGAUCAGAAUUGGAUGGAGCGUUUCCUUGUCUUGGCAAGACAGGUCAACCCCCAGUCUCAAGAAGUGGAAUCCCAAUCUAGCUCUAUGUCCAUGAUUCCUCAUGAUGACGGUCCAAAGAGAGGAGUGGUAAGAGAGAUGCCUGAGAAGGAUUCAGAGAGACAGAUGGACAGAACAGGAGGAGCAGAAGACAUAUUCCCUGCACUAGUGGAAAUACACGAGGCAAUGCAUUUACACCUGGUGAAUCCCGGUGGGAAGAUCUGCAUGCUUUAUGUCUCCAUACCCGGUGGCACUGAUGUCAGACAUGAAGUGCAUUUCUCAUCCCUUGUACCAUCUCGUGUGGAUCCCAUCUGGGAUUGGAAGAAAGUGGAAAAACCAUUGAUCCUGAAGGUAUGGGGAGGAGUAGAUGCAGUUGUGAGGAGUGAUGAUGUGGUGCUGGGCUUUGUGUCCCUAGAUCUUACCACUCUCCUACAUGGUUUUAACCAGAUCAGUGGGUGGUACGACAUCACUGACAUAAGGGGAAGAGUCCAGGGGCAGCUCCGGGUGACUGUUACUCCAAUGGAUGACAAGAGACAGAGGCCUUGGCUCCUGAGGACACAAACUCCGAUGCUCCCGCAGACGUUCAAUAGCCAUGAUGCACUUGGGUCAGACUCUUCGACAAGAACCUUCCAGAUGUCACAGCUCAAGAAGGUGCUGGACAGUCUGAACCACACGAUCAGAAGUUUGCACGAAAGGCAUGAAGUCAUGCACAAUUCCUCGCUACCGGAGCUUCCUGUGGGAGAAAUCGAAGAUGUUCUAGGUAGCAGUGAAGAUAGGGAAUCCCUAGGCAGCCAAACGAUGUCCAUCGCCACGCAACUGGAUUCUGAAGAAUCGCUUCCAUCUCUGGGCCUGUCGAGAUCGGACGGCUCACCGUACCAGAACAUGGGCAACGAAGACACGAACACCCCGAGGCAGUUGUUCGACACGAGCACCCAGACGGACCUGGAACACGAGCUCAAUCCCCCACCGUAUUACAUGGACCCGAUCUCGUCCGUGAUGAAUCAAGUUCUCUUCAAUUAUGGGGUGGACAUGGGUCUCGGGAAGGCGUAUCCACAUGCCGUGCAGUAUCGGCCCAGUAUAGUGGGAAUGGGUGCCGGUGUCAAACGUGAACAGAUGGCAUAUGGUGAGGCUGCUGCAUAUCCAGAGAUGCCUCAGUCGGGAGACAGGAGCUCGGACGUAGGGCUGCGCAGGGAGUAUCUCGAAAAGAGUUGUCAGAUGUCAUCUUGCGAUAGUCAAGGAGAAACCUCUGAUCUCUGCAUGUUGGAGGAAUCUCAUCCAAACCAUGAAAUGCCGUGAACGUCUAUGACUUUCUGAGACAAUGGGUUUUUUUAUUUGACCUUGAUGGCUGAGUCACCAGCUUUGUUCAUAGAGAUAGAGAUGAGUUUCUUCUGCUGCAGAUUUCUCUAUAACCAACUGGUAGCAAUGUCCUCAGGAAGUUUUCGUCAUUAUUUAUGUCUUGUACCUGAUAUUGGACC